AUGGAGCCAGUGGAAAGGAGGAAGAUCUGCAAGAAAGUCCUCAUCCUCCUGCUCUUCAACAUCAUCUUCAGCUCCUACUUCUUCGUUUCCCUUCGCUGGUACAGGAACUUGGACCCAGAGUCCAAUCCCUCAGCACUGACACUCCAAGGAGCUGGUGUCCCACGGAGGGGUGGGGAUAGACUGACCAUCCUGCUCUGGUCAUGGCCCUUUGGGUUCCGCUUCAACUUCACAAGCUGCUCAGAGCUCCUGGACAUCCAGGACUGUCACUUCACCACCAACCGCAGCUGGUCCCAGAGGGCAAACGCUGUGAUCAUGCACCACAGGGAUGUGUUUGGAGACAUGGAGCACCUGGCCCAGCUCCCCAGGCCCCCAACCCAGCGCUGGAUCUGGCUCAACUUGGAGUCUCCGAGUCAUUCUCCAAACUUAAGAGCCAUGGACAACCUUUUCAACCUGACCAUGUCUUACCGGAGAGACUCAGACAUCUUCACACCAUAUGGGGAACUGCAGCUCCUCAGGCAGCCCCAACCCGUCAACAUCCCACCCAAGACCAAGUUGGUGGCUUGGGUGAUCAGCAACUGGAAGGAAAAAUCCCCAAGGGUCAAGUACUACCAGGAGCUGAGGAAACACAUCCCUGUGGAUAUCUACGGGAGGUACCACAUGCCACUACCCCGGGACAAGCUCCUUCCCACCGUCUCCCAGUACAGCUUCUACCUGGCCUUUGAGAACUCCCAGCAUGAGGACUACAUCACUGAGAAGGUCUGGAGGAAUGCAUUGUCCUCUGGGACCAUCCCCGUUGUGAUGGGGCCUCCAAGAAAGAGCUACGAGCGUUUCUUGCCCUCCGAGUCCUUCAUCCACGUCGAUGACUUCGCCAGCGCCGCAGACCUGGCCCAGUACCUGCAGGAGCUGAGUAAGGACCCCAAGAGGUACCAAAGCCACUUCCAGUGGCGCAGGUGGAUGAAACCAGUGGAGGUGACUGAUUGGGCCCCACGGUUCUGCAGAGCUUGUCGCUUCUUGCAGACGACCGAGGCCACGUACCACGUGGUGCACAAUCUCUCUGCCUGGUUCGUGUAG